ACUACACUCGCUUUAAUGGCUUUGGUCUUGUUUGGCUGUAAUGUAUUUUAUCUUUACCAGGAAAAGUACCUCGUGGCAGGUGGUGAAUUUGAUGGCAUUCGAGUCUUUGAUAUCGAGAAAGAAACUUGUAUCCAGACAGUGUCCGGYCAUGAGAGCAGAGUCAAAGCAAUCGAGGUUGUCUGUAAUCCAUUCCCAGACGAAGACAGCAAAUGUCUUCUUGUCUUCUCUGUUUCAUCGGAUGGUGAUCUAAGGGCGUGGUCUUUUAAUCGAGACAAUUUCGAAGAAGAAGCCAGCUUGUUAGCUCGAUAUGAAAUGAAUGGACGACCGACAUGCUUAACAGUUUCUUAUCCCGGAAAACUUUCACAUUCUAAAAAGAAUACCGAAACAGAACAGAAAGUCCAAGAGAAGCAAGAAGACCAUGACAUUAGUGAACAAAGACCUCGAGAUUCAGGUGUCGAACCAACGAAGAAGAAAAUAAAGAAAAAGAAGAAAGGUUCGUCAAAAAAGAAAAAGAAGCCAGUUGACGGUGAAGAAACAACAACAGCCCAACCUAGUGAAUUACACGAAGAUGAAGACGAGGAAAUGGAAAAAUCGACAUAAUGUAAACAUGAAAAAUUGGAAUAAAAAAGUUGGAAAAAA